AAAACAGUAGGCCUAAAAGUAUCUUUACAAAAGUUUUAAAGAUUUGAGGCAUCAAUCUGCACUUUCAUUUCUAAUUGGGCAAUUCUCCAACACGAAGUACCACGCGUCGGCCCUUCAGUCCUCGUCUCACAUCUGCGAAUGAUCUUGACUGUGGAAGCAAGCUUAAUCGUUUUCGUGGCCAUCUCCAUUUCUCAACCAUCGGACCCACUUGACAUCGGGGGCGUCGACUCCGAGGCCUCUCUCCCCGAGGUCUGUCAUGACGGGGCCUCAGGCUUUGUGGCCCUCCACGGCGACCCAGAUGCUGGUUGUUGCGUUGAGCAAGCAGCGCCACUUGCGCACGGGUUCUAACCAUUGUGCUCCAGUAGGAAUGUGGUUCUCCGUAUUGAAAGGUCUUACCUGCCUUAGAAUCUUUGACAAAUUAGUGGCAGGCUUUUGACCUCAGGGAGGUCAUUUCAAUUAUGACAUCAUAGGCUCCCAUCACAUUUUUAUUAUGACAUCACAGGCUCCCAUCCCGCUUUCAUUAGCGGGUGAGUUCAAUCUGGAGUGCCAGAGUGUGCUCUGGGCAUUAGUAAAUUCAGAGUGUUGUGCUGGCUGAGGAGUAGGGUUGAUCCGAACGUUCUGACCCCACAACGGCAGUCAAGCACCCAAGCUAACAUUGGCUCGCUUGCUAGCUACCUCCAGACACAAAUGAGAGAAUCUCAUUCUGACCAUUUUACUCACCCUAGCAGAGCUGGUUAGGGUGUUAUGUUGUCCAGAGCGUUGGUGACUAACUGCUGUUGACAAUUUAAUUAUGUUUUUUUGGCGACGUUUACUGACACCGGCUAUAUUCAACGGGUGUUAAGUGUUCGUAAAUUCAUCAGUUAUUCUGCGCUCUGGCACACAGACGAGAGUGCUCUGAAAUCGGAGUAGAUAGCCAGAGUGAAUUUACGAACGCACCCAUAAUGUCACUGACAUGUCUAGCAGGGUGUUAUACUGUACAUGUUUAUGUUAGGGCUACUGUGCAUUUGAGAGAAAUAUUUGACUAUUUAUAGGCUUUAUUCCUACUUUAGGCCUACUUGACAACCAACAAACUUAGAUUUAUUCAUUCCAUUUUCUUUGACAACAUCACAUCAUUCACUUCACCCAGUUUAUAAAUUGGCGUAUUCUUCCUGUAGGAGGCGCCUUCGAUGAAAACCAAGAAUAAAUUCGUGAUUUUUAUGGGGAGUUUCACACUGUCCUGGGGUUUGCUGUCGCAGUUGCUGCUAUUUCAUUUCAUAUUGACAAGGAUUUAUCCCCCAACAUGAAGCAUAUAUUCUUAUUAAUUUGCAUCUGUUUGUUCGUUGGUUGUGCUUCGGAUGUUAUAAGAGCAAGAAAAGUGUCUGCAGUUUUCUGUUCUUUCAAAGAGAAAACAUACAGUCCUGGAGACAGCUGGCAUCCUUAUCUGGAACCCUUUGGUUUCAUGUUUUGUAUGCGGUGUUCCUGCACUGAGACAGGCCAUGUGAAAUGUAACACAAUUAAGUGCCCUACUCUGCGAUGUGACAACCCAGUGACUGACUCUCAGCAGUGCUGCCCUCGCUGUACAGAUGAGCCUAGGAUUCCAGCAGGCUUGAGAGCCUCAGUGAAGUCCUGCAGGUAUAAUGGAACUUUAUACCAACCAGGGGAGACCUUUGCCAACCAUGACCUCUUCCCAUCUCGACAAACCAACCAGUGUGUCAUGUGCACAUGUUCAAAUGGAAAUAUUUUUUGUGCUCUGAAAACUUGCCAGCCGCUGACCUGCUCCUCACCAGUCUCAUUCCCAGAUACCUGCUGUCUGGUGUGCAAAGAUGGUGGCAUUAAUGGGUACUCAUCAGUGGAGGAUGUAGGCCAACAGCUGAACCGAGGCGUUAGGCAUUCAGUGGACCAGUGUGCUGGAGAGCAGUUCCGAGGGCGGUCUGUCCGCUCUACUCCAUCCACAGUCAGGGGUACUCCCAGAGGCCUGAGCCUGCCCAAGCUCCACUUCAAAGGUGCUGCAGAGACCACUGUGAAUUUCCUGCUGCAGAAAAAGCACCAGAAGGCAUGUCAGUACAGCGGCAACACCUACUCUCAUGGUGAUGUGUGGCACCCAGUCCUGGGGAAGGUCCUGGAGUGCAUUUUGUGCACCUGUAAGGAUGGCAUACAGGACUGCAAACGCCUCUCAUGUCCCAGCCAGUAUCCAUGCCAAAAUCCCGUUAAAACCGAGGGGAAAUGCUGCAAGAUUUGUCCAGAACAUAAUGCUGAGAGCAACAGGACUGACUGUUACAUAAACAUGAAUCUUGGACAUGACAAUAACAACCUCUUGGUGUACAAAGUUAAGCCAUCGUCAAAGGUUCACACAGAGGACACAGUUAGGAUAAUUGCUAUUGAAAGACAAGGGACUGCUGAAGUUGAAGUGCAAGUAUGGAAGACAGUAGGAGGAGUUUUACAAUUAAUGGAAACUGGGGAUGUUCUGAAGAAAGAUCUUCUAGAUAAUCCAGAUGACUACACUUUACUGACAACAUUGGAUGAAGAGACUUGGAAAAGAUUCAAGGAGGAAGAAGACAAUCAGAAGGAAUUUCCCAAGACCAGGACCUGUGAGGAUGGGAUCAGGGAGGUAGUGAAGUUCUUGUACCCAGACCAGCUAGAAAGCCUGUGCUCUUCUUAACUCUCAUCCCCUGACUUUGACAUCAAUGGAAAAUGCACAGCAUUCAUAUGCAUUUCAUUAAACAUGAAACAUAGCACUGCUUAUUGGUUAUAGAAUAACAAGCUUUUGUUUAUUUUUAAAUGUCAUCAUAACUCAUUACAAUGUGAUGUUCCAUAUUGUCAGCAGAAUUGUCAACAUUGUUGGUAGCAUUUGGUAGUAGAAGAAACCAAAAUACAAAAAAUACUUUAAAUUAAUUACAGUUAUAUCUCAUUUUUGUUUUCUGGCAUACUGAAAUACAGUAAAAACAGUUAUCUAAAAAAUACAGGUGUACAUGUAUAUAAUAGAAAAAUACACUGGGUAAAUUAGACAGCCAUCUGGCAAUAACACCUUUAUAGAGUAGACCAUAUUUACAAUCACUUUACCGUUCUGCUAAAUACUGCUGUUUGAAAUUGUAUGCCUUUUCAGAAUGUACCGAGAAAUAUUAAUUAACAUAUUUAUUGUAAAUACAAAUAUGCUAACAGAUGUCAUUUUGAGGCAGAGUGUACAACAUUGGUUUGUUUGACAUGUUUGUUUGUACAUUCUGUAGACAUUUGAGUUUGUACUGGAAGGUCCUUGCCUGAGACGCCAUGGCUUUAGUUCAUUGGGCUAUUCUGCCCUACCAAGCAAAAAGGCAGUAACUGCUCAUUUGGUUGAAAAUGAGUUAAUGUCAUUUUUUCUACAUUAAAUACAGUGGGGCAAAAAAGUAUUUAGUCAGCCACCAAUUGUGCAAGUUCUCCCACUUAAAAAGAUGAGAGAGGCCUGUAAUUUUCAUCAUAGGUACACUUCAACUAUGACAGACAAAAUUAGAAAAAAAAUCCAGAAAAUCACAUUGUAGGAUUUUUAAUGAAUUUAUUUGCAAAUUAUGGUGGAAAAUAAGUAUUUGGUCACCUACAAACAAGCAAGAUUUCUAGCUCUCACAGACCUGUAACUUCUUCUUUAAGAGGCUCCUCUGUCCUCCACUCGUUACCUGUAUUAAUGGCACCUGUUUGCACUUGUUAUCAGUAUAAAAGACACCUGUCCACAACCUCAAACAGUCACACUCCAAACUCCACUAUGGCCAAGACCAAAGAGCUGUCAAAGGACACCAGAAACAAAAUUGUAGACCUGCACCAGGCUGGGAAGACUGAAUCUGCAAUAGAUAUCAGCUUGGUUUGAAGAAAUCAACUGUGGGAGCAAUUAUUAGGAAAUGGAAGACAUACAAGAUCACUGAUAACCUCCCUCGAUCUGGGGCUCCACGCAAGAUCUCACCCCGUGGGGUCAAAAUGAUCACAAGAACGGUGAGCAAAAAUCCCAGAACCACACGGGGGGACCUAGUGAAUGACCUGCAGAGAGCUGGGACCAAAGUAACAAAGCCUACCAUCAGUAACACACUACGCCGCCAGGGACUCAAAUCCUGCAGUGCCAGACGUGUCCCCCUGCUUAAGCCAGUACAUGUCCAGGCCCGUCUGAAGUUUGCUAGAGAGCAUUUGGAUGAUCCAGAAGAAGAUUGGGAGAAUGUCAUAUGGUCAGAUGAAACCAAAAUAGAACGUUUUGGUAAAAACUCAACUCGUCUUGUUUGGAGGACAAAGAAUGCUGAGUUGCAUCCAAAGAACACCAUACCUACUGUGAAGCAUGGGGGUGGAAACAUCAUGCUUUGGGGCUGUUUUUCUGCAAAGGGACCAGGAUGACUGAUCCGUGUAAAGGAAAGAAUGAAUGGGGCCAUGUAUCGUGAGAUUUUGAGUGAAAACCUCCUUCCAUCAGCAAGGGCAUUGAAGAUGAAACGUGGCUGGGUCUUUCAGCAUGACAAUGAUCCCAAACACACCGCCCGGGCAACGAAGGAGUGGCUUCGUAAGAAGCAUUUCAAGGUCCUGGAGUGGCCUAGCCAGUCUCCAGAUCUCAACCCCAUAGAAAAUCUUUGGAGGGAGUUGAAAGUCCGUGUUGCCCAGCAACAGCCCCAAAACAUCACUGCUCUAGAGGAGAUCUGCAUGGAGGAAUGGGCCAAAAUACCAGCAACAGUGUGUGAAAACCUUGUGAAGACUUACAGAAAACGUUUGACCUCUGUCAUUGCCAACAAAGGGUAUAUAACAAAGUAUUGAGAUAAACUUUUGUUAUUGACCAAAUACUUAUUUUCCACCAUAAUUUGCAAAUAAAUUCAUUAAAAAUCCUACAAUGUGAUUUUCUGGAUUUGUUUUCUCAUUUUGUCUGUCAUAGUUGAAGUGUACCUAUGAUGAAAAUUACAGGCCUCUCUCAUCUUUUUAAGUGGGAGAACUUGCACAAUUGGUGGCUGACUAAAUACUUUUUUGCCCCACUGUACAUGCUUAAUCAUGUGGACAAGUAUCCUGCCUCUAUUGUGUUUUGGAGAAAAUGGGGGUCAUGUUAGCAGUAACUGCAUAAAGUUACUGUGAAACCAAGGUAAAUAAAAUCAAUUUUUCUCAGUUCCACGCUAUGAGCAGUUACAGACUUUUUUCUUGGUAGGGCAGUAUACAUAUAGGGCUUUCCUCAGAAAAUGUGGGUUUGAUAUCUGGGCAUCGGUAUUGCCCUGCAACAGCAGUUGUAUGUAUUCUGUCAUAAGAGUGGCUACAUUGGUUUGCUGGAACUACUUUCUAUUAUGUUCUCUGAGGUGUUUAUCAUUAUGUUUAGCCAGUUUUCUACAGACCAAGUUUCCAUAGGAUUAUGUGGGAUUUCAGUACUUGAUGGGUCUUUUUUCCCUUUGCACAGUGGCAAGGCAUUCUUGCACGUGAUUGACAAGGCUAAAAGUUGGAGCCAACCAAAAAUAUGAUUUAGUUGAGCUCUACCUGAGGCAAGAAUUCCUGCACAAAUCAGACUGUUGUUAUUCCUUUGACUACCCUCCAGUGAACCCAGUCGGACCAGUCGGACCAGGGGGAUUUCUCAUUUAUAAAUUGUGCCUGUAAUUUGGAUUUGUGCUCCAGUGCUAUAGUUUGUUUUCUCAAGGGUUGUAAUGGCCUAACAGGAUGAGCACAACAAUAGAGCUCUGUUAAUUUGAUAUAAAUGUAGGUCAUGAGUUGGAAGGACACCAACAUUUUCCAAUACAGAGAACUGAAGAAGAGAGGGCUCAGGGAGGAAUAAUAUUGAAAAAUAAGAAUACUGUUGAUGGAUGACCCAGUCUUUUAAAAAAAGGUAUAGAGCAGGGUUUCCCAAACUCAGUCCUGCCCCUCAGGUACACGUUUUGUUUUUUGCCCUCGCGCUACACAGUUGAUUCAAAUAACAAACUCAUCAUCAAGCUUUGAUUAUUUGAAUCAGCUGUGUAGUGCUAGGGCAAAAAACUAAACGUACACCCAGGGGGGGCCCCAGGACCGAGUUUGGGACACACUGGGAUAGAGCACAACAGUAACAUGCUUGUCAAAUAGUUAGACACAAUUUGAUUCUUUGCCGUAUGUAUAAUACACCAAACCCAAGAAAAAUAAAUCCUUGGUCUUUAAAAAUGUAGGAUAUUAUUGGAGUGUUGUUCUACCACAUCAAAUAACUAUUAUGACAAGUUAUUGAAAUAGCAUGUCAUUACUGUUCUACACACAUUGAGAAGCUGGCUUAUGAUCACAUCAUCUGAAAUCCAUGUUCGCCUUUGAGUUGAGUUGCCCUGUGAACAGCUUGUCAAAAGGCUUGUUUAGGUCAACAGGUGUAAGAUAAGCCCAUUUAUCCCUGUGCCAUUUUCAUUGCAGUAGAUAAGAGCCAUACACCGAGUCCUGUCGAUAUGGGAACAGUGCACAGACUUGUGACUAAUAUCCCUCAUCUGUGAACCCCAACAGUCCACUCUCUCCCUUCACAACUACAAUGACUCAUUGUGUUGGCUUCACACUUUGCGCCAGACAUUGCUGCCCAUCUCUCACUAAAGGCCUGACAAAAUAUUUUGAAACAGAAGCCCCUCAGUUGUAGACCUUAAUAGUUUUACAAUGAAGCUGUGACUUAUUUCAACAGGCUGUUGGACUUGACAGUUCCUGGCAAUAUCUUAUUUUGAGAGGUUCAAGGUGGUCCUCUUCCAUAAAGGAGGUAGAUGUGCCUCUUUCCACUUCUCCAUAAAAAAACACAUCUUAUUUCUCUUCCAAAUUGAUGAAUGAGAAGGUAUUUGCUAUAUGCCAGAAUGCAGUGUUAUGUUUAGAGAAAGUAACUUGAUCCCGGAUAAUAACGCAAAGUACAGCAUCCCUCAUUGUGGCAGGCCAGGUAGUGAACAGGGGUGGUGGUGCUGAAUUUUUUUGUCACAUUAACGGUUAUUUAUUUUAUUGCUGGUGGAAAAUCUUGAAACUUUUCAGCAUUUAUAUGGUCUGUUAAUUUUUUGGAGAGGACGUUUCAAAUUCCCUCUAAGUAGCAUUUGGCCAAUUCAGCUAUGCAUGCUUAGUCUUGGCUCAGGCAGUGGUAACAGCUGGGGGCAGUCAGUGGGUAUAAAUCAGCUAGUGGGGUCAGCUCUCUGUAGGAGCAUGUCUACUCAACCCUGCUGCUGCCCAUUGUUAGAGAAUAUGUCAAACCAGGGAAUUCUCACAGAACUGAAGAAACCUCACUAUUUCAAGUACAUUAAGGGUUAGAAUCGGAGUAAGAAUAUUUACUACAAUACUGUAAUUACAUCUGUAGUUCUAUUGAAAAGUGUCUCAACGUGUGAGUAGCAACAAUAUAUUAUUGUAUGCUACAAGAUAGCUACAGUCUAUGGGCCUACUGUACGAGCCCACAACCUAUCCGAAAUGUAGCCAUUUCCUGUUGAUAACGGGCUACAGCGAGCAGUUAGUUGCAGUAGAUGGAGGCAGGUGAGGUGAGCAAACUAAAUAAAUAUUCGAAAUAUCUGUCCCUAGGCUGCUACACCAUAAUUAUGGUGCCUCACAGAAACAGUGUUUGUGAGGAACUGAGGCAUUGAAAAUCAAUCAGGCAGUCUUUUGAUUCAAAGGGAGCCAAAUUGUGUUAAGUUAAUUAAGUCUGAUAGAUGUGUUUGCUUUCAUAGCUGAUUAAGGUGUUCAAGAGAACCCCUGAGUUUUUGCUUCAUCAAAAUACUUCCGAAAUCUAUUAAGGGCACUGUUUUUUACACCCUACCCCUUUCCUUAAUUAAGUUGGCCCUGAUCAUUUCAGCUGAUGAUCUGGGCAGUGCCAAGAAAAUAUGGACAAUACUGGGAUUCAUGUCAUAAACACUUCAGUCAUUACACCCUCUUUCCUGAACCCCACUGUUAGAGGUUCACAUUUUUAAACACAUGCUUGUGAUGGAGGCAUGAUUGAUAAACCAAGACCAGGUUUCACAGGAAUAUUUUUGUUCAUCGCUGAAAUGAUUAUUGUUCAAGAGAAAAAUGUACUACAAAUGUACAAUUAUGGACCAUUCAAUCACUCUCCCUAUGAUUUCAUGUUAAGUGUGUACUACAGUUUCUAAGUAUACUUGUGCAUCAAAAAGACUAUGAUGAAUGGGGCCAAUCUUGAAUAAACUCAUUUGGCACAUUGAUUAAUGAGGAGUGUUGGUGAGGUAAUCAGCUGCUUGGCCCCAGAGCCAAAUGAACUGUUUCAGUCUCCCCACACAGUAGUAUUCUCCUACUGUUAGGCCUCAAUUUAUGAUCCAAAACAACAGUUGUAUCCAAACAUCUCUCAGGCUUGAUUGCAACGAUUAAGCCAGAUGUGGAGAUACUGGCGCACCCAGAUACACUGAAAUUGACCCGAGGAUAUAAAUUCCUGAAGAUCCUCAGACUCCUCAUUGCCUUUCCCAGCUAUGUCUGCCUAUGUUUUCUUUUGGACAGAGAGCAGAGCCAGAUUCUAUUACAUCACCAAGUCCUAAGAGCAUGUGUAAAAACCUGUUUUCAAUUAAUCAUUUUCUUUUGAAGAGUUUUUCAAGAAGAGAAAGAAAGGGAUUAUAAAAGUAGAUUACAAGUGAAUGUUUAUUUCCCUUUAAAGUUGUUUGUUGAUAUUAAUCUGAACAAGAACUCAAAAUAGACAAGAACAAAAACGUUUUUUCUCUCAAACUGUUUUUCUCAAACGCAAUUCACAACCACAUGUUUCUCUAACAUCUAGAAUCAGAGAGAGAGAGAGAGAGAUAUGUUCAAUAAAGAUUACUGGCAAUAGGUGCCUUUGCAAUUUAGUCAAUUGUAUCAAGAGGUUGAGCAGUGGCUGUGCCAGUAGUCAAAUGGGUGCUGUAUAUGUAUAGUGUAGUAUGUCUUCACAUUGUAGCUGUAGAUCUAUUACAACAUGCUUUACCUUGAGAUAACUUCAUAUUUAGGGUUUUCUG